AUGAUUAGUAACAGUAGUAAACUUUCAAGUGAGGAUAUUACAAAGCCAAUUUUUGAAUCGACUAAUUCUGUUGAUGCCGGUCCUGAUUUUAGAUCUACAGAUAAUGAAAAAUAUAGUAGUAAUUUGAAAGAAAAUACUUUGCCUGUUAAGAUUUCUGACGAUGGUUCAGAUAAUAUUCUUAGUGAUAUUUCGGAUGAUAUUGAGAUGCUAAAGAAGGAAAAAAAGAAGAAGGAGAAGAAAGAUAGGAAAAAAGAAAAACGUAGCAAAAAAAAAAGACGUAAGCGAUCUAGGUCACCAAGUGAGACAAAAGAUGAGGAAACUAAAAAAAAGUCUCGUAAAAGUAAAAACCCCAAGCGUUAUUCAGAUUCGGAUCAUGAAAUUAAACAUAAGAAAAAAAGAAUGAAUGAGGAGGAAGAAGAACAUCGUAAACGAAAAGCUGAGAAAAAAGAAAAAAAAAGUUUAAAGAAGGAACGGGAAAAAGAUAAAAAUCGUGAACGCGAAGGUCGUAAACGUAGAAAACGAAGUAGAAGUAAUUCAGUUAGCAGAUCAAGAUCAUUUUCAUCUUCUUCACACGAACGUGACAAUACCUCUAAACGCAUAAAUUAUAAAAAAAAUUCUGAAAAAAAGUAUGAACCAUUUUUGAAGAGACGUGCAAUGGUUACUGCAUACCAAGUUGAAGCUGCAAAUGGUUCUAAAUUUAGUAUAAACAAAUGUGAAUGGCUCAGUGAGUUAACUGGUGCUGCUAAAAGAAUAUCACCUCAAAAAAAUAAUAAGUUUAAAAGAAAUUUUAAUAAAGUUAAAAUGUUUAAAAAACAACAAUAUUCACCACCUAGAGAGGUUAUUGAUAAACAAGCUCUUCUAGAAAAAGCUAAAAUUAAUGCUGCUAAGUUAGCACUUAAAGGAGAAUUGAAACGGGAAGAUGUUAUGAUACAUACAGGAGGAAAAAGUUUAGAAACUUAUAUUGAACAAGCUAGUAACGCAACUGAAAAUACUGUUAUGACCUCUUUAGGGCCACUUGUUUUGCCAAAAGUUCAACAACCAAAAAAAGAACCAAUUGAUUUAGUUAAAAGUAUGGGUGUUGAAGCAAUAUCAGAUGAAUCAGAAGACGAAGAUGCAAAAUGGGAAAAAAUAGAGAAAGUUAAAGCAAAGACUAAAGUAGAAGAAGAAGAGGAACACCAUAUAGAAAUAAAAAAAGUUCCUUCAUCAAAUGCUCUUAAGUUUAACAUUAGUAAUUUCAGAGCGGUUCCAACAAAAACUGUUGAAGAACGAUUAUUAGAUGAACAUAAAACUAAGGAAUGUGUUAAUUCUCAAAAUAAUCUACUUAAUAAGUGGGUUCCAGUAAAUGUAAAUCAAGCAGAAACAGCCUCUAAAAUAAGGUAUAGUAUUAAUACUUUAUCUUCUUCAAAUAGCAAAUCUAAACAAAGUGGACAUUCAAAGAUGAAUAAUCAUUCAAUGAACUUAUUUGACGAUCUUGAUUUACCACCUCCUCCUGCACCACCAACUAUCACUAUUUCUAAAGCAGAAGAUUUUAAUUUACCACCUCCACCGGUUCCUCCACUUGUUUCUACACCAAAACUUCCUAUUUCUGUCAGUGAUGAUUUUCUUCCUCCACCACCUCUACCUCCAUUACCACCACCGAAAACUAUUGUGGAUAUUGAAAAUGUAAAAAGCACCAUGAGUUUUCAGAAAAUUAUUUUUAUGAAAAAUGAUGCAGAAAAGAAACUACGUGAUAAUCCAUUUGAUAAAGAAGCUUUGCAAAAUCUGAGAGAUGCAGAAGAAUUUAUGAAGUUGUGGGGUACGAAGACACAAGAAAUAAGAUAUUGCAGUAAACUAAUUGAAAUUGAACCUAAAGGUAAAAAGGCAAGAUAUAAAAUUUUUUUUUAG